AUGUCCGACGGCAGUUAUACCGACGAGAGUAUACAGGCGGCUCAGCAGUACUAUGAAACUCGCAUUGAUCGUGCUCGUCAGCAGCCUGAACCCAACGAAUUGCAUGCCAUCAAUGGCUCACAUUAUGGAAGAGCUCAAAUCUUCAGUCCGGGCUGCAUUUCAGAUCAGUUCAAAAACUGCCAAGCAGCGAUAAAUCGAGGGGAUGCCAAGGAAGCAGCAUCGAUAUUACUUGCUAUAGAUGGCCACAGUCUCUUGGAGGCGUACCAGAAAAGGUUCCCCGAAUUGGUAGGUAUUCAGAAGCAAAGCCAGCAGAUGACUACGGAAAAUGAUGCCAUCGAUGUCUGGAAGACAUUCAAUACAUGUUAUCUGGAUUUGGGUCGGUAUACCCUGAAGGCACUUGACCAAGGUACUUACUUAGCCUUCGACUCUAAGGAGAGUCUGUACGACUGGCUGCAUGAACUAGUAGCACAUAUUAUCAAUAUAUCCGAGUCCCUAAGGUACCUUGGCUAUGUUGAUUGCGAGCAAGGAAUUUGGCAGGACAAAAUAAUAACCCGCUAUGAAGAGUGCUUUGAAAUGUUGAAGAAGAUGGGUACCACCUCAUUCAGCUUUUAA